AUGUCGUUCCUCACCUCCGUACGUGCAUCGAUUAGCCCCCGCGUGGCCAUCAGACCAGCCUACACGGCCGUCUCGGCCUUCCACAACUCUGCCGCUCGCCUGGGCUUGAAGGAGUCGGAUCGGAACCGCGAUGAUCUGGACUCAUACUACGAGGCUGAGAAGCAAGAUCAGUUGAAGAGUACCAAGGAGGGCAAGGCGAAGUGGAAGGGCGAGCUUGCUAGCAACAGUGAGGCAUCGGUCAAGGCAGACCGCGGCGAGCUUGACAGCGACGAUAAGGACUUCCAAUCACUCCAAAGUCGCACCAAGGAUCUGCCGAACAGGAGUGGCCCUGUGAAUAAGUCUCAAUAG